GCCAUUGAUUCUGACUUUCACGUCACAGACCUGCAGUCGUAGCAGUGUUUUAUUGAAGACCAAGUCACGACCAAGACCAAGGCAGGUGCGAAUCCUGAAGGAACCGACACCCUCCUCUCCUUCCUCCUCCUCCUCGUCCUCCUCCUCUUCCACCUCCUCCACUUCGUCGUGGUGCCGCAGCAGCCAACGCGAGCCCUUGAUGCUGAAGUGUGGUGCUGCUGAGGGGGGCAAUUUCAGUGCAUCCCUGUGAACACACACACACACACACACACACACACACACACACACACACACACAGACAAACGCUGUGGAGCCUUUCGGAUAUAAGCACUUCCCUGGAGACAAUGAGAGGCUACCUGCUGACUGCAAUCUUUCUGCUGCCCUUGGUGGCCUCAGAGUCCGAGCACUGUAUCAUCCAACGAGAACAUGAGAAAUGCAUGGAGAGGAUCAUGCUGCACAACCCCAGCGACGACCUUGAAUUAGCGUGUCCGUGGAUGUGGGAUAACCUGACCUGCUGGCAGGCGGCCAGCGUCGGUGAAGUUGUGGUGGUCAACUGUCCGGAGCUCUUUCAUGACUUCAUGGACCCUGAAGAUGAGAUGGUGAAGGUCAGUCGUAACUGUACAGAGGAUGGCUGGUCUGAACCGUACCCUCAUUAUGUGGACGUCUGCUUCUCCUAUGACAACACCACUACCCCAAUCGACAUGUACUACCGCUCAGUCAAGGCUCUGUACACAGUCGGCUACAGCACAUCGCUGGUGUCUCUGACUACAGCCAUGGUCAUUCUCUGCAGAUUCAGAAAGCUCCACUGCACCAGGAACUUCAUUCACAUGAACCUGUUUGUGUCUUUCAUCCUGAGAGCCAUCUCCGUCUUCAUUAAGGACGGUGUGCUGUACCCUCAGGAGGACAGCGACCACUGCUUCGUGCACACAGUGGCGUGCAAAUCAGUGAUGGUUUUCUUCCAUUACUGCGUCAUGUCCAACUAUUUCUGGUUGUUCAUUGAAGGUCUGUAUCUCUUCACUCUGCUGGUGGAGACUUUCUUUCCUGAGAGACGCUACUUCUACUGGUACACCAUAGUAGGAUGGGGGACUCCCACCAUUUGCGUCACUGUCUGGGCAGUUCUGAGGCUCCACUUUCAUGAUACUGGAUGCUGGGAUACAAAUGAGCACACUGCCCUCUGGUGGGUGAUCAAAGGACCAGUCGUGGCCUCCAUUAUGAUCAAUUUUGUCCUCUUCAUUGGAAUAAUCAUCAUCCUGGUCCAGAAGCUGCAGUCGCCUGAUAUUGGAGGGAAUGAAUCGAGCAUUUACCUCAGCUGUGCUCAGAAAUGCUUCAGUGAGCCCACACAGGCUGUUCAGCAUUCGUGCAGGAUGUCAGAGUUAUCCACCAUCACACUGCGUCUGGCCCGCUCCACCCUCCUGCUCAUCCCCCUGUUUGGUAUUCACUACACUGUGUUUGCCUUCUCACCUGAAGAUGUCAGCAAGAGGGAGAGACUGGUGUUUGAACUGGGACUGGGAUCCUUCCAGGGCUUUGUUGUAGCUGUCCUUUACUGUUUCCUUAAUGGAGAGUUUCUCCCUGAAGGUGCAGUCGGAGAUCAAGAGGAAAUGGCGCAGCUGGACGGUGAACCGGUACUUUGCUGUGGACCUGAAGCAGCAAAGGCACCCUUCAUUGGCCAGCAGUGGAGUGAACGGCGGGACUCAGCUGUCGAUCCUCAGCAAAAGCAGCUCCCAGAUACGCAUGUCCAGCCCGCUGGCGGAGAACGCCAACAUCAGCCUCCCCACCUGAACGUCUGAUCGGCAGGAGUCAACUUCAAGGUGCCGUUCCACUUAUGUACAUCCAGAGCAACCAGAGCAGACCAAAGUGGCCCCUCACACCUCUUAUAAUUUGUAGUUUGGCCUUUAGAAAAUGAGGUAUUUCUGAAAGCAUUUACUGGAGAUUGAUUAGAGGUGCAUCAACACUUUAUAAUUUGACUAUACAGUAUUUUAGUUGACUCUGUAGGUUGCGAUCUUUCAUGAUUAAUGCACUUCCACUCCAUGAAUUAAGACAUAAGAGAGAAUUUAGAAAUUCCCUUCCUACCAGUGUUUUCAUUUUAAAUUUAGCCCCCUUUUAUUGUUUUAUUUAUAAAUAAUAUUAAUGUAGAGUUGGUGCCAAAAAACAGUGCUAGUUGUAAAGAAAAAAAAAAAGGUCAAAUGUAGGGGUCAUGGCUGUUGGUGUCUAAAAGUAAAUGUGCUUCAAAGUGCCAUACAGGUUGCCUGACUGGAUCUGAUAUCACAACAGUCCAAAGUUAAUUAACCAAACGUUCGCCUUGCUUGUACAAAUGCUUAUUGUUUAAAUGUUUCAUCUUCAAUUUAAACAUUUUUUCUACAAUCAGCCGUAAAGUACAGAGUAUGUCAAAAGAUAGAUUGAAAAAAACUUUAAAAAAAAAACAAAAACACUUUGUAAAUAGUUACUUUUUGGUGUCUAGAUCAGAAUUUUCUUUCUUUUUGCAUAAUGCAGUAUUGUAAUGACCUUUUCAAACAAAAGGAACUGGAGCCCAAAUCUGUAGACUUCAUCACAUAUCCUGAGGACCCAGAAGAUCCUGCCCACUAUAUUCUGAACUACUUGUUUGUAUUAAACACACACACACAAAUAAACACACAGUAUAUCUAAGAAAAUAGUGCGAAAACGAAUGAGCAUUGUAGGGUAGUGGUUCCCAAUUCGAAGGUUGACAAGUUAUAUUUCUCUGCUGUGUUAAAUUACGUU